AGAGCAGCUGCAGCUCGGGGCUGGCCAGAGCCCGCCCGCCGCCAGAUGCUCUGCUUGCCCGGCUGGCGCUGAGCUCUGCCGGCUCCUGCCCCCCACAAAAGAGGGGAGAAUCCCGAGGAAGCGACGCGCCUCCCGCGGGGAAGGAGCCGGGCAGCGGGUCGGUCCGGAUGCGGUGAGCGCCGCGUCGCCUCCGGGGCUGCCUUAGCGGAGGCAGGAGAGAGAGAGAGAAGCGGGGAUCGGGCACCGCCGGCCACCACCAUGGGCUGCUGCACCGGGCGCUGCACGCUGAUCUUCCUAUGCGCGCUGCAGCUGCUGGCUGCAUUAGAGAGGCAGAUCUUUGACUUUCUUGGCUUCCAGUGGGCUCCUAUUCUUGGCAAUUUUCUACAAAUAAUAAUUGUCAUAUUGGGUUUGUUUGGAACCAUCCAGUUUAGGCCUCGAUACAUAGUUGUGUACACGGUGUGGACUGCCCUCUGGGUCACCUGGAAUGUUUUCAUUAUCUGCUUCUAUUUGGAGGUAGGCGGGCUUUCUAAGGAAACUGAUCUCAUGACCUUUAACAUUUCAAUGCACCGUUCCUGGUGGCGAGAGCAUGGGCCAGGCUGCAUACGGAGAGUGGUGCGCCCUUCAGCCCCUGGGAUCCUAGACGAUUACUCCUAUGUCUCUGUGACGGGCUGCAUCAUUGACUUCCAGUAUCUCGAGGUCAUUCACAGCGCCAUCCAAAUAUUACUGUCUUUGAUUGGUUUUGUGUAUGCCUGUUACGUGAUCAGUGUUUUCAUGGAAGAAGAGGACAGCUGUCGAACUAAGUAAUGAACAUUGACUGAGCACUGCUGCUGUUGCUGAAAAAGCAGCCUUCAGAAGAAAAGAUCAACGUUGUGAACCGUUGUCACAGAAGACACGUCCUAUAUUUCUCACUGAGUGUGUGGAUUGCUCUUCCCACAUGGGACUGAAUCCUUCAGUCGCAGCCUCGGUAUCAUUAUCAUCAUCACCAUUAGAUGGAUACUUGUAGAUGAUCUUGGAUUUUUUAAAUUGUUUACUUAUAUGGACAAUUGUAAAUUGUAAAUUGUUUUCUUUUUUUAAUUUUGUUUUUUACAAUACCUAGUGUUAAGGCAUGAAAACAAAUCCGCCUGUGAAAAUUAUGAGAGAAGAAUGUGUGUUCUCAAGAAACUCAGUAGUUCUGGACUGAUACAGUCCCACUGUGCCUGGCAAAGAUAGUGUUGGAAAAUGAUAAUAUGACUCCAGAAUACAUGUCAGGGGUCAGACACCUAUAGUGUCAUAUGGACUGUCUUCAAUAAUGUAUCAGACAUUCACAAAGUCUGCACCUAAUGUUGGUUAAGCUACUGUAUGUAGUAGAAACUGAUAAAUAAUAAUUCUUUUCCAGAUGUCCUAAUUACCAAUGUGCUUGUCUAAAUAUUCUAAUUCAUAUAUGGUUUCUUCUUCCUCUUUUUGUCUUCUCCCCUGCACCCACAAACAGUAGUUGUUUGUGAGUUGAAGAGAAGAGAAAUGGAUGUUCUCUGUUGCUGUCAGUCUCCAAGAACCCUUAAAUGCAGGGCUCUUUUAGAUGUCUGUAAUUUGCACCUUUUUUUUUUACUCUUUUCCCCUCUUCCCAGGAAGAAGCCAAGCAUGAAUGUACAGUAGAAGCACCAUCUACAGCCUUAGGAGACUCUGGGGUGAAUUUUGUUCUUAAUUUAAAAGUAAACAAGAAAAUCUGGAUAUGAAAAUGUGUAUAAAAGUUUGUAAAGUUUUCUGUAAAUACUUAUAGAAAAAGAACAUGUAUGUAACUGUGCGGCAUUUUGUUUUAUAUUCAGUCACCACCAGUAUAAAAAGAAAAGUCAUACACAAAAGCUAUUUUCUUUUUAGGAAGACUUUUUUCAUAAUUUCUUUUUUAUGAAUUACUAUUUAAAAUAUUGCAGAUGAUACAAGCCUGAGAGAAUGAAAUCUUCUGUCUCUUCAUGGAACGAGUACUCUCUCAGCAGCAGCAUCACAAGCUUCCUCAUAAAGGUCUGCCAAUCAGCCUCAGGUUUUGGAAGAAAAACCUGUAGGGCUGUGAGAGUGCUUCCAUCUUUGUGCUUACUCAGUUUGUUACUUCUUUGAUGAAACUGUCAGAAGGGAUGGCAUUUGUGAUGUGCACACCUGCACAUGUCCAUUAGGAACUGGACUGAGGCCACCAGGUUCUUUCAUAUAAGCCACAAAGAGUCUUUAGAUGCUAAUGACUUCUGGUCCAUCAUCAAUGGGCUGAGGCAUUGUCUUCUGUGAAGCUUACUUCACUUGCAUUUUCGGUUAUUGACAGAUUACAACUAGACUAAGGUUUGCCUUGGUUCUUUACAUUGGAAACUAUAUUUGUGUAUUUACCAACAAGAACCUAAUCAAAAAGUCAGCAAACACAAUGCUGUCCAUCAUUUUUAGAGUGUUGAGAACAGAGGGUCUUGUGGUGCUUUCCCCUCUUUCACAUUCAGCUCAACCAAAGACCACACUGUCUUUUGUGAAGAAAUAGCUCUCGCCAUCAUUUCACGUAGGCUACUUUUUCCUGAAACUAUGUAUGAAACUGCCAAGCCAAUAGCAAGCAAGAAUGACAAUGCAAUAAAAUCACUUGUCAGUAUUUUCUAUGACUAGGUAGUACAGGACAAUAUGCACCGCUAGAAGUCAAACCGUGCCAAAAAAGGAGAUACUUUGUGCAAAAGAUAAUACCACACUUCUCUGAGUCUCUGUGUUCAUCUGUUGUUCCCUGCUGCACCCUGAUGCCAGAUAUUUGGUCUGCCCUGUCUUGAAGUCCUCCUCUUCUGAGAAUGUCAAAAAUGGAUAUUUUGUCACAAAACUAAUAUGAGAACAGUCAUUUUUGAGACACCACAACGGGACCUCAGAAGAUCAAACUGCAGAACAAUUAAUAUUUGUAAAUCACUUAUAUUUGAAAAAAAAAUGUCUCUCUGUAGGUUUUAUUUUUUUAGUGUGUAGUCAUGCACAUGAUUUAGUUUCUUAUACAUACAGCCUUACAUAACAACCUGUAAGAAUAUAAUACAGCUAACAGGUGCCUACACCUCUCUCUUGUCUAUGUCAGUGCAUUUCAGAGGCGAGGGGUUGUUUUUUUUAAAGUUUUGUUAAAACUUGUUUACAUGCCUGAAUACUCCACUUUUCACUGCUCCACACAUUUAGAGGUGUUCAGCACAUAUUCCUGCAGUUCCUCCCUGCUGCUGGAGCCUUUGCCCAUGCCAGGGAGCAGUGGGAGCGGCUUUUCAUUACGGUGUUUAGCUACACAUAUCCUACAUGCCAGCAGCAGUGUAGCCAAGGCCACACCUUUGACUAUAGUGUAGACAUACCCUCCAAUUGCUACAUUUAUCUCCUACCGUAAGUGAAGGGGAAAGCUGGUCAUCUCAAACACCAACAGUAGCAAACUCUGACUUUUUAAUGGUAAGCACUGUAUGCUUCUCUGAGUCAGGCUGUUUAAUUUCCUUUCACUUUAGAUUUAUCUGAUUAAAAAAACCAACCCAGCAAUCUAUCAAGGUCCUAUAACAGUGUUUGACAGUGGCAAACAAAAAUUGACAUCCCAAACUAAUUGGCUUGCCUCCUUCUAGAAUCUGUCUUAUUUAGUUUAAUUAUAAUAAAUUACAAGCUGGGAGCUGUUUUGUGCAGUGAAUAAGUUUUCUUCCAAUGCAGUAAAACACUCAAUAUUUACAUACCCCGUUUCUACAUAUCUUCUUUGAGAAACCACUUCAGCUCUUAUCCAGUGUAUAAAACUGUUGGCCAGAAACCACUUGUUUAAAAGUCUUCACUCCAGAUCAUUUGCAGUGUUUUUAUAUUGGUGAUAGUCCCACAAUAUUAGAAAGACAAGGUGGGCAAGGUGAUUUCUUUUAUUGGACCAACUUUUGUUGGUGAAGAAGAGCUCUGUGUAGCUCAAAAGCUUGUCACUUUCACCAACAGAAGCUGGUCCAAUGGAAGAUACUACCUUACCCACAUUGUCUCCAGACCCUCAGUCAUCAUUUACAUAUUUGGGGUGAGACCCUGCAAAGUUCUCAGCACACUCAAAUCUCAUUGAAGUCAAUGGAAGUUAGUAGCAGUCAGCCAUUCAUGUCUUCCUUGUGCACGUCUUUGCCAUAAUUUACCACCUGUUGGGAAACCUUUUUAUCUACCUUAAUAAUACUAAUUAGUACUUAUUUGCAGAUAAACUCCAAUUAUCAAUAACGUAAAAAUUUUGAAAAAUCUAAAAUUCAGAAAUAUCUCCCGCAACAAGAAUUUUGUAAAAGCAGCAAAGAAUCCUGUGGCACCUUAUGGACUAACAGAUGUUUUGGAGCAUGAGCUUUCAUGGGUGAAUACCCACUUCGUCGGGUGCAUGUCGUGGAAAUUUCCAGGGGCAGGUAUAUAUAUGCAAGCAAGCUAGAGAUAACGAGGUUAGUUCAAUCACCCACGAAAGCUCAUGCUCCAAAAUGUCUGUUAGUCCAUAAGGUGCCACAGGAUUCUUUUCUGCUUUUUACAGAUCCAGACAAACACGGCUACCCCUCUGAUACAUGACAACCAGAAUUUUGUUUUUCCAAAAUUCUGAUCUUCUGCUGUAUCCCCCCAUAGUCUAUUAAUCAUUGUAGUGCUUCACGUGUCCAAAUUGUUGAACAACUUAAUCUCAACCGCCUUGUGAGACAGGUAUGUAAGUAAUAGUAGCAUCAUUUUACAGAUGGGAAAGUUGGUGUAUGUUUCAAAUGCAUUUAUCUGUGAAAAAGACACCUAUCCAGAAGAAAUGGUAUUUAAAUAUAUUUCCACCACAUUUGCUUUUUUAGUUCUUUCUUCCAUCAAUACUCAGUACUUCUCUGAUAUAGCUAAAUUACUCAAUAAUAUAUAUCUGUAUUGUGACAUUUAUCUGGAGGAGGGUGCCAAUAACACUGUUAUGAUGCUGAGAAAUAUAGCCAUGUAAAACGAUUCCAUUGCAUAGUACACACUAUGAAGACUGACUAUUUGUAAUGAAACCAAAGGUAGUGUGCAGAGCAGACAAACUGGACAGCCUGCCUCCUGUUUUCUUCCCACAUUUCAGAGUGAGACAGAUAGGGGAAUAACAAAAAGCAGAGGAUCUGGGCUGGAAAAAACAGUAAUAAAGGAUCAAAUUAAUCUCAGGUGUAACUCCAGUGAAGUCACAGGGGUUAUAAAGGGAUGAAUUUGGCCCCGGGCAUCUUGUGCACCUUCAAACUGCAUAGGUAUUUGUACUGAUUGUUAUUUGACAGCCUUUUCGAAGGUGUGCUCUUUGCCUCACUAUUUGGCUGACUGUUUACAAAUGAUUGUACUUCUCACUGUAAUUUCUGUUUCUUGCAUGUCCAUUAUGUGUAAUGUUUAUGUUUACGGGGCUCUUUAUUUUUAACCAAAUGAAACAUCUGGAUCUCAUCUCUACUCUCCAACUUUCACUUGCAUCUGCUCAUCAGUUCUGCUUAGCAUGACAGGAGAGCACGUGAAGUGCUUCCGUGUUGUAGGCCUUCAGGGAAUAAUUGCCGUUGCGUGUCUGUUGCCAUUCAAGACUAGCACCAUAACUGGGCGCUAGUGCCACUGAAUAACAGUGAUGGCCCAAACACUGCUGAGAAGCCACUGAUGUUCUCACUGUAUUGCUAGCACCACAAAGAAUUAUUGAACAGUGUAACUGACAUCACAGUGCAUGAGCUGUUUUCCCACGGUUCCCUGGUAACUUAAUUCCAGUCAUACAAAGACAUAUUUUUGGACACAUGUCGCCCAGGCUAAACCCACUGAAGUUGUUAGAGUUACACCUGAGAUUAAUUUGGCCCAAAGACACUCCCAUAAACCUGUUCCCAGUUGUUACAGGAGAAUAGUGCACCCAAGCAAUUCAUGUGGUGGUAUGUUGAUGGAGGGGUGAAAGCAUUUCCUAGCAUGUGACAUGUUUGAAGUGAAAGGCAUGUUAUAGGUAAGCCAAUCGCUUCAUAUGGGGAAUAAAUCAGUGCAAAUGUUGGCUCAUCGUGUUAAGUUUAAAAAGAAUAUAUUUUGCUUACCGCUACAGUGUGAUUACAUGAACUCACUUGUGCUGCAGUAUCUGUAGCCAAAACCAAUGCACUGCAGUGAAGAACUCAGUCCUGUGUGCUGGGACAAGUUCAGCCAACAAAUCAUUUAAGCAACCACACUAUGAUAUUAGUAACUCAUACUAAAAACUUAGGUGCUUUUAUACCAUCUGUACAGUCCCCUGAUCCUCAGGUCUGCCAGAGCCCCCAGCAUAAAUCAGAGCAGACUCAGUUGCCAUAAGAGUUUAGACCUGAAAGAGAUGAGAGAUGAAAUCUGUGGAGGGUAGAUGGACCCUACAUUAGUGAGGACAGGAGGGUCUGGCUCAGGAUUCUUCCGCAUGCAGGGAAUCCUCAGCUGAUGCUUUGAGGGAGCUUUAAUUGCCCCUUGCACCACUCUAGAAUGGUAUGCUUCAGCAGUGCAAAGAGGACUUAAAAAGGGAUGAGGACCUGGCCUAGUGUACCGGUGACCAGUUAAAAAAAAAUGACAUGCAUGUCUUACUGUAGUCCAUUCACUGGUUUCUAGAGCUAGCAUACAUCACCAGUGAGUAACCUACACUCACAAGAUAUCCUUGAAUGCUGAAUUUUAUGUUUGGAGUCUCUGAGACCCUGGCCUUGUUUAUUCCAGCUAGCCAAAGGCGCAAGUUGCUCUCAGGAAAUGAGUUUCUGACACAUGAUGGUAAAAUAUAAAUUUGAUGUUCCAGCUAAAGUUGUCCCUGUUCUGGUUAAACCCCACUUCAAUCCCAUUUUUAAUCUUACCAGGUAGGAGCCUGUUGCAUAAGAUUGUUUGCUGCAGUUAAAGAAAUACACACACAACACUGAAUCUUUAAACUUGUCAGUUAUGGUGUGGGUGUGUUUUUAACACGGCCUUAGUCCAACAAUUUCAAUGGCGAAGUAAUGACUAUAAAUUAUAGUAUGGAAAGGUAUGUGAGUGACAGAACAAUGGUUUGCUUGCUGUUACACUGUACUAACUGUGCCAUCUCAUGGCUAAUACCAGAAGUACCUACAGCACUGUGUAUGUAUUCUGUUGAAAGUGGAGAAAAAUAAAAGUAACACAUCUUUCUAUUUGUACCUUCUCAUAUAAUGCAGACAGGAUUCUGUCAGCUCAUAACACAUGGUGGAAGCUUUUGUUCUUGCACUGCCUGCUUAAGGCAGAAAUACAAUAAAAUGUGUAUUCCUCAUUUUGACAAUGGAACUUGUUUUAUAGUAAAUAUAUUGUCAAUGUGAUG